AUGAUGGAAUUCGAAAUUAAGACGACAGACCAAGAUGCAGCGAAAGAUGUUAACAUCGAUGUCGUGACUGUUCAGUUACAUUUCACGGCGGAGGAAGAAAAACGCGUAGUGAGGAAGAUCGAUUACCUCGACAAGCAGAGUCUUAGCUACGCGUCGGUAUUCGGGCUUAUUGAUGAUCUUUCCCUGGAGGGGUCUGAGUAUUCUUGGUGCUCAUCAUUAUUUUAUCUCGGUCAACUAGUUGCAGAGUAUCCCUUCAUAUACUUGAUGAGCCGGCUUCCUCUUACAAAGUUCGUCGGUGCAACAAUUGUUUUCUGGGGUGCUGUGUGCAUGUGCCUUGCGGCGCCUACAAACUUUGCAGGGUUCGGGGCUGUAAGGUUCCUUCUUGGAGUUACAGAAGGGGCUGUCUCUCCAGCAUUUGUGACCCUCACUAGCAUGUGGUACAGAAAACAGGAACAUGCUUCAAGAGUGGGCAUCUGGGUGACGAUGAACGGCCUUGCCCAAGUCCUUGGGAGCCUGCUCAUGUACGGAAUUGGGAAACAACACUACCCGCGGCUUGAACCAUGGAGGGUUCUCUUCCUCGUCUGCGGUGCACUUACAGCCGCCUUUGGUGUCGUCUUCUACUUUCUAGUGCCUACCGGUCCUCAGAAAGCAUGGUUCUUAUCUGACAGGGAGCGAGAGGUCCUACUGGCGAGAAUGGCGCAAGACAGAGAAGGAGGUGAUAAGACCAACUUCUCAAAGUCACAGGUGAAGGAGACUUUAUUAGAUGUCCGAGCUUGGUUUAUCUUCGCUUUCGGCAUCCUUGUCACGAUGCAGUCGCCAGUUCUAACGUUUGCUUCCUUGAUUAUCAAGAACCUCAACUACGACAAGUAUCAAACCAUGUUGUAUACCUCCCCAUCAGGAGCUGUUCAGAUUGUCGCGAUCUGGAUCGGUGUACUCGGCUGUCAACUCCUUCCCAACAACCGUAGCUUGGUGGUUAUUCUACUCUCCAUCCCUCCCUUGAUUGGCAACAUACUUCUCUUAAAGCUUCCACUUACGACAGGAUGGGGACUGAUAGUGUCCUCUUGGCUACUUCUCCGUCCCCGCAAAAAGGACGCAGACCCAGAUCCCAACCCUCCACCCCGCCGCACCUCCCCGGAAGCCCCCGGAAUCCUUGACACCAACUGCACCAUUAUUACCCAAAACCAAAAGCAAAGACGGUAUAAACUUCCUAUCCCGGACCCCGAGCACCGCCAGCGCCAACUCCAAACCCUUGCCACAUCAUCUGCCAGACCUCAAAACCCACAGUCUCAAAGCGCAUUUUUUUCCAGGCUACCACUUGAGGUCCGUAAUAUUAUUUACAGGGAGCUAUUUGGUGGGGGGAGAGUGCACGUUGAUUAUCUGUGGAAGAGACCGUCUGCUGUUGUCGCGCGGCCGCCGACGGGAAAAGACAAGGGGAAGAAGGCCGAUGCUCUUUGGCAAUGGUGGCACCGGGUAUGCGCGGUCAGCGAUGAGUGGGUGGAUGAUCGAUUCGAGGAGCGAUGUGUGGAUGCGCUCGAUGAGCGGGACGAGACGCUGCCUUGGGGCUGGGAGAAAGCAGCACCCCCGGGAACCAAGUUGCAAGGCGUGGCGGCGAUGCUGACGGUUUGUCAGAUGGGAUACACUGAAUCCCUGCCCAUCCUCUACACCACAAAUACCUUCGUCACAGGCCCCAGCAUGGACACCCCCUUCAUCAUCCGGCGCCUUCUUGCGCCCCCCUACACAGCCCUCAUCACCGGCAUGGACAUCGCAAUCACAAUGGCCAUGCCCUACACUGCGCCUCCGGAUCUUCCUGGAAACUGGACGACGGUUUAUCCCGCGUUCUUCGAUCUGCUGCAGCAUUCGUUUUCCGGUUUGCGUCGCCUGCAUUUAACUAUUUACCUUAACCCAUGGGAAAAGAGCAAGGAGCCUGUUACUGGAGCAAGUCGUGAGUGGACAGAGUUAUGUUUUUUUGUGCCGGGGGAUUGGUUUGAGCUUCUGAGGGGGAGGUUUGAGACGCAGCUGGAGAGGCAGACUGAGAGGAGGUGGGCGUUGAAGAGGACGAGCGUUAGGCCGCUGGUGGUGGGGAGUUGUUUCUAG